CUCUCCUUUUCCCGCCAAUUCGCUUCGUUAUCGGAUCCGAAUCCGAUCCCCCUCCGACCGAUCCAAGAUCCGGCGACCACAACGGAGAGCUUUGAGCCAUGGCGUCGAUGAUACGCGAUCUCGUCUCCCUCAUGCUGUAGUUCUUGGAGGAGCACAAUUUCAAAGAAAACAAUUUACAGCUACUUCUCUCUGUUUUCUUCCGAUUUAGUUAUCGGAUGCGAAUACGUUAAGCACCCUGGCUGAUCCAAGAUCCGGCGGCCGCUGCGGCGAUCUUGGCGCCAUGUCGCGGUUAAGCGAGAUCAUUAUCCUCAUUCUCCAGUUCCUGAAGGAGCAUAAUCUCAAGGAGACGAUUCACAUAUUGGAGCAAGAAUCAGGGGUUUUCUUCAACAUGAAGCACUUUGAGGAGGCUGUCCUCGCUGGGGAAUGGGAGAAAGCGGAGAGGUACCUCUCAGGGUUCACGAAGCUUGACGAUAAUCAAAUCUCGAAGAAGAUUUUCUUCAUGAUCCGCCGGAAUAAGUAUAUCGAAACCCUUCAGAGGCACGAUGUGUCAAAGGCUUGUGAGAUCCUUAUGAAGGACCUGAAAGUAUUCUCCGAAGUUGACGAGGGUUUGUUUAAGGAGCUAACGCAGUUGCUUACGCUCGAGGAUUUUCGUGAAAAAGCCAAGCUUUCUAAGUAUAUUGAUACCCGGUCAGCGAGGAUUCUUGCAAUUAAUGAGCUCCGGAAGUUAAUCAAGGCGAACCCAUUAUUUGAAGACAUAUUGCAGUUUCCGGAUAUGAAGGAGUCGAGAUUAAAAACCCUGCUUAAUCAGAGUUUACAUUGGCAACACAUGCGCUGUAAGAAUCCUAGGUCACAACCUGAAUUUAAGUCCUUAUUCUUUGACCAUUCUUGUCCUCAAGCUUCUGAAGCCAUCAUGCCUUCGCCUGCUCCUCCACCGAUAAAAUUGACUUCAAAAUCUUCUCCUUCACCAAUGAAUCCGAUUGCAAAACCUACGACGAUGAAUAUGACUGCAAAACCUGUUCCUUCAUGGUUGAAUUUGGUUGCAAAUCCUGUUCUUCCAACAAUGAAUCCGAUUGCGAAACCUUCUCCACAGAUUGAAAAAAUUUCUCCUCCACCAAUGAAUCCAAUUGCAAAGCCUGCUCCUCGACCAAUGAAAGUGAAUUCAAAACAUGCUUGUCCAACAAUGAAUCUGACUGCAAAACCUGUUCCACUGAUGAAAUUACCGAUGAAUCCGACUGCAAAACUGAGUGGCUUUCCUCUAAUAAGGCCUCCUGAGCCAGCAGCUGAUGAUGGUUCAACCAAAGUUGCAGCUGAGAUCCCUUCUCGGAUGGCUCCAUACAGGACCUCUUGUGAAUUCACUGGUCAAGGUCCUGUGUGGUCGAAUCACUAUCUUCGGAUGUCCCAUUCAGAAAUCUAUGAUGCAGUCCCUGGUUUAGUCUCUGAUACGCUCAGUGGAUCAGAUGUUCCUCCUAAUGCUUGUCAAGUGCGGUCCAAUCCGCCUCCUCUGGUGCCCUGUCAAGCAAUCUCGGAUGCAGUCCGGGAUGCAGUCUCUGAUAUACACACUGGACCAAAUGUUCCUCCUAAUGCUUGUCAGGUGCCAUCCAAUGCCCCUCCUCCAAAGCCCCGUCCAGCAAUCUCUGCUGCAGACUUUGAUAAACCCAUUGAACUAGAUGUUCCUCCUAUUACUGCUUCUCUGUUGAAUGUUAUCUAUCAACAGAUCCUGAUCAUGGGCUUAAGAAACGAGGUCCUAAGGGAAAAUCUGAUGAGAUAUUGUCGGAACGGCGCGCCAAUAUCCAACAGAAUCCAUGCUCUAUUAAAGAGCUUCCAAGAAAGGUACUUUUUGUUCUGGUUCGAGUGUAUGCGGUUAUACAACCUUGUUUACUUGAGUCCUCUCUUUGCCGGAUUUAGCUUGAAAAGACUUCUUCUUUCAGUUGGAACCAGUGUUGGUGACAUUGCUGUCUGGGAUGUAUCCCUCAGUAAGAGGCUGGCUCAUAGAGCUCCUAAAGUUUGGGAACUUCCAGCUUGUUCAAAGAUUAUACAGUUGAUAUCUGUUAAGCGUGUAUUAUGGGAUGCUGAUGGGAGUCAAUUUGGUGUUGCAUACUCCGAGCGUCUUAUGCACUUGUAUAAAUACAAGAGUAGUGAACUUGUUAACCAUUUAGAGAUUGAUGCUCAUGCUGGUGGAGUUAAUGACAUUGCUUUCUCUCAGCCAAAUAAGAAGUCCUGUGUAGUGACCUGUGGAGAUGACAAGCUUAUUAAGGUUUGGGACACUAUUACUGGUGAUCUUCAAUAUACUUUUGAAGGUCAUGAAGCGCCAGUAUAUUCCAUAUGCUCACACUCAAAAGAAAAUAUUCCGUUUAUCCUUUCUGUUUCACUUGAUGGUGAGGUAAAAAUAUGGCAAUAUGGGAAUGAGUGUUCCCAGUUUGAUUAUACAGCUCCAGGUCGCUGGUGUACGACUAUGGCAUACAGUGCUGACGGAACAAGGCUGUUCUCUUGUGGUACCAGUAAGGAAGGGGAUUCAUAUAUUGUUGAAUGGGAUGAGAACAAAGGAUCCGUGAAACAAUCAUUUGUUGGUUCUCGGAGAAGUUCCUUGGGCGUGGUACAAUUUGAUACUACAAAAAACCGAUUUUUAGCUGCCGGAGAUGACUUUAUGAUCAAGUUCUGGGACAUGGACAAUAUUAACCUCUUGGCAACCACUGAUGCAUUGGGAGGAUUGACUGCCUGCCCACGCAUUCGAUUUAAUAAACUUGGUUCAUUUUUAGCUGUAUCAACAUGUGGUAACUCUAUAAAAAUUUUGGCAAAUGAUGAUGGGUUUCAAGAGGCCAUUGCAAAGCAGACAAGCUCAAUUAGGUCCCCUGCUACUGUCAGUGCUAUGGUCGGAACUAAUUCUGCAGCUCCUGAUGGAAGUGCUCCAAUGACAUCAAUCGUUAGAUUGCAGAAUGUUAACAGUCAGAGUGUGGAAGAUGUUAAAUCUAGAAUCGUUCACAAGUCAAUCGAGAAAUCCAAGAACUGGAAGCUGAUAGAAAUUAGUGAACAUUCUCAGUGUUGUUCAUUGAAGCUCACUGACAACAUAUUAUCAGUGAAGGUUGCUAGGUUGCUUUACACUAAUUCAGGAACCGGGGUUUUAGCUUUAACAUGCAAUGCUAUUCACAAGCUAUGGAAAUGGCCGAAGACUGAUAGGAAUGCCACUGGCAAGGCAACUGCGCAGGUUGCACCCCAGCUGUGGCUACCUGCCAGUGGUAUACUUAUGACCAAUGAAAUGAGUGAUGCAAACCCACAGGAAGCUGUCCAUUGCUUUGCAUUAUCUAAGAAUGAUUCCUAUGUUGUGUCAGCAUCAGGCGCCGAGAUUUCCCUUUUCAAUAUGCUAACAUUUAAGACAAUGAUAACAUUUAAACCACCCCCUCCAGCAGCCACGUUUCUUGCUUUCCAUCCCCAGGACAAUAACAUCAUUGCCAUAGGCAUGGAUGAUUACUCAAUUGAAAUUUACCACGCUCAGAGUUCCAAGGUUAAACGCAAGCUUAGAGGACAUCAAAAGAGUAUAACUGGACUUGCAUUUUCUAUUGCCCUAGAUGUUCUCAUUUCAUCAGGAGCUGAUGCUCAGUUGUGCGUAUGGGGAGUGGAUGGCUGGCAGAAACAAGCCNAAAAAGAUGGUAAAUUUUUACAGACACGUUCUGGAAGAGCAGCAGGUGCUCAUGCAGAAACUCAUGUCCAGUUUCACCAUGAUCAGAUACAUUUUUUGGUUGUGCAUGAGACACAGCUGGCCAUAUAUGAAGCACGAAAACUGGAAUGUAUAGAACAGUGGUUUCCACGAGGGGAAUCAAUCGCCCAUGCAGCAUAUUCUUGUGAUAGCCAAAUGAUAUAUGCAAGUUUCACAAACGGAACUGUGGCUGUAUUUACUUCAGCACUUAGAUUGAGGUGUCGAAUUAAGCCCAGAGCCUAUCUGAAUCAACAGAGCUCCGAUGUGCACCCAGCUGUCGUUGCGGCCCAUCCAUCUAAACCAUAUCAGUUUGCAUUAGGAUUAACCGAUGGCAGUGUCCACAUACUCGAGCCUUUAGAGUCAGAAGGCAAAUGGAUGCCUGAAUCUUCACCAGAAAAUCCUGCUUAUGAUCAUUCUUCAAAGCGAUGAUACUGAACACUAACUCUGCCAAGUGACGCAGGAUGAAGGAAAAGAGAUCUAUCCGAGUUUAACACCACAGAAAGAAUAGCUGACUUGCAAAAGGUACAGUGCUCCUAAACUCUAGGCACGGUUGUAGGGAAGAACACUAACUUGUUUCAGAUCAAGCAUAGCUCUCAGUAAAAUCACGGAAGGGAGGAGAUCAGUCACUUUUUAAUGAUAUAAUGAUCUUUCCCUCUCCCUUAAAAAAAAUAUUCUACAGGAAGGCGCAGUUUUUACAUUGUAUACGCUUUGAGGCCUUAGAGAAACCUUUUUUUUUUAAA